UGACACCGGUGAUAAUGGUACCAGCUGAUCUUUGGCUCUAGCUGCUAUGUUCAAAGUGAAGGGUGGUGUAUGAUGGUCGUGAUUUGUUGCGAAACGAUAUAACGAUUUCAAGAAAUUCGACUGGAGAAAAUAUAAGACGCCAUGAAUAGCCUAAUUCAUACGAAGACGAUGAUAACCGGCCAUCCCAGGGGAGUUAUACGACGAUACUCCCCAUUUAAAUUAUGGUACAAUACCAAUCAUACAAUGGGUGGUGUAGCUCUAAUUUAUACAGGUUUGAAGGAUCCAAAAAGAUUAUUGCUGGAACACAGCAGCACAGUGUCACCAACAUAUAUUAAUAAUAUAACACAUCUACAUAUUCGUACGUUUUAUAUAACUCCUUAUUGGAAGGGACAAGAAUCUUCAUCUAAGGUUGAGAAGACAGUGAAGAAUAUUAAGGAAGAAAAAGAGCUUAAAGAUAAAAUGGCAGAAAAUGCCAUAAAAAUAAACAGCGAACAGCCGAAAAAAGUUGUUGCUAAGGUCACAAUAUGGCAAAAAGUUAAGGGAGAAAUAUUGCAUUAUUAUCACGGAUUUCGGUUAUUAGGACUUGACAUGAAAAUUUCAGCAAAGUUAAUAUGGAGAAUUUUACAUGGAAAAGAGCUCAGUAGAAGGGAACAUCGUUUGCUGAUAAAAACAACUGGAGAUAUGUUCAGAUUGAUUCCUUUCUCCGUUUUUAUUAUUGUUCCAUUUAUGGAAUUUUUACUGCCAGUAGCAAUUAAAUUGUUCCCUGGUAUGCUACCUUCUACUUUUCAAACAGCAACUGAAAAGGAAGACAAACUUAAACAGGCUUUAAAGGUCAAAAUAGAAAUGGCAAAAUUUUUACAAAAAACAUUGGAUGAAAUGGCAGUGCAAUCAUCAGAUCACAGAUCUGAAAAGGCUAAGGAAUUUGCAGAAUUCUUCUACAAAGUGCGAACAACUGGUACUGUUGCCAGUAACGAAGAAAUUAUGAAGUUUAGUAAACUUUUCGAGGAUGAAAUUACACUGGAUUCUCUGUCACGACCGCAAUUAAUUGCUUUAUGUCGUGUAUUAGAUGUGCAAACACUUGGAACUACUAAUUUCUUACGAUUCUUACUCAGGAUGAGAUUAAGAAGUCUUACUGCAGAUGAUAAACUGAUUGAAAAAGAAGGAGUUGAUACUCUAACUAGAGCCGAAUUGCAACAAGCAUGCAGAGCACGUGGUAUGCGUGCUUAUGGAAUGCCAGAAAACAGGUUAAGGGAUCAAUUAUCAAUGUGGUUAGAUUUGAGUUUAAAUAAAAAGGUUUCACCCUCUUUACUAUUAUUAUCACGAGCGCUUAUGAUACCAGAAACAAUGCCUAUGUCAGACAAGUUAAAAGCAACUAUCUCGGCCUUACCUGAUGCAGUUGUGGCUCGUACAAAGGGUGCUAUUGGAGAGAAAGAGGGUAAAAUGGAUCCUAGGACAAAUAUUGAAAUUAUAAAAAUGGAAGAACGCAAGAUCGAAGAGGAGAGAAAUGAAAAGAAAGAAACAGAACCACAACCAACCAUCUUGGCAUCUAAUGUAAAAGAAGAUGAAAUUACUACUACAGAUGUCAAAGUUUUGGAACAAGCUCUGGAUUCAAUUGGCAAGGACAAUAAAAAUAUGGCUGUAGAAAAAGAGGAGAUCAAAGAACUUAAAGAAGAAAUGGCAGAGUAUCAAGAAGACAUUAAAGAAUUGUAUCAAAUUAAGGCAGAGGCGAAAGGUCAAGAAGAUAUAGAGAAUAUUAAAGUAUCCAAAGGUGCUAAACGGCUAUUUAAUAAAGUAAACAAAAUGAUCUCGAAAAUGGAUGCCGUUUUGUCGGAGCUUGAACAAUCUGAGAAAAAAGUUAAACAGAGAUUGGAGUCAUUAGGUCCCGACGAAAAACAGGAUGCCAAAGAUGUCGAAGAAUUAGUUAAAAUAGACGAAUUGGUUGCAACCAUUAAGCAAAUUCAAAAUGUACCUGAUGAAUAUCGAUUAAAACGCAUAGCAGAAAUUUUGGAAAAAAUUGAUGAUGAUCAAGAUGGUGCAAUCAAAAUAGAAGAUGUCUUGAAGGUUAUAGAAUUAAUAGGAAAGGAAGAUAUUAACUUAAGUAAAAAGCAAGUGGAUGAAUUGAUAGAGCUAAUGGAUAAAGAAGAAGUAUUAGAAGUAGAGGAACAAAUACAAAAAUCAUUAGAAAAAGAUCUUAAGGCAUCGCAGGGGGAGGAUAACAUAAAAGCUACACAUAAAUCUACAGUUCCAGCUACACCAGUAACAAUUGAACCAGGAUUUGGAAAGGAGGAAUUAGUAGAUGAUGCUGGUAGGGAAACCAGCAAAUCCUAUACAGGUCCGUCUAUUGAGGAAGGCAAAUCGGCUGCUGUUUUAAAAAGUAAUACUAAAUCUGACGAGAUAAAAAAUCCUCCACUUACAUCAGGUCCACCAGCAGCAAAAAAGGCAGAAGGUUCAAAACACCUGUGAUUAGCGCACAAUGAAGAAUAAAUUAGUAUGUAUAAUUAUAUUAAAGCAAUAUUUUUAUUGAUGUAAAGAUCGAUAUGGAUUUUCGUCUGUAUGUAUCCCGCACAUAUUUUCAUCUUUGUGUAUGAAAAGAUUUCCGACAUGAUUUUCAACAAAUAGAAUGUAUAAUGAAAGAGAAACGUUUUAUACUUAUACAAGAAAAAGAUUAUUUCAUCAAUAUAAUUAAUCGUUACUAUUUUAUUGGUAUAAUGUACAUAAAAUACAUAUGUGGAUAUACGUUACAUAUUUGCUGUACGAAAUAGUUGAUUUAUAUUUAAUUAAUCUUAAUUUCAUACUUCAUUAUAAGCAGUCAUAAAAACCUGAAAUUCUUCAUUGCGGACUAUGGUGCAUUUAACAUCAUUUAUAUUGUUCCCCUUCAUCUGCGGUGAUAAAUUUAUAUUGAUAAUAAAUACAUCAUAAAAUGUUUAUUCUGAAAUUCAUUGUCAAUGUUACUUGUUUUAAUCAUAUAUUAUAUAUAAUAUAUCAUUAUUCUUAACAUUGACAAUAAAUUAUGGAAUAGAGAAGCGAGAGAGAAAUAUUCGAUUUCUAUUGCAGUGCAGUUUAAUUUCAGUAUAGACCAAGGUAAUAAUCAUUCCAUCUGUCUUAAUAUUGUUGGUAUAUCAUUUGUGAUAUACCAUUUUGAACAUAUAUCAUAAUUAAGAAUAGCAACUUUACAUUGCACAUGGAUUAUCUUGCAAUCUCAAUAUUGAGCUGUGUAAAACAAGAUAAAUAUGUGUGUAAAUUUAUAAUUUAUUUUAUCAUUUAUAAAACACAGGAAAACAAAAUUCUACUUAUUCUAUUGUUACAGAAAGGGGCAAUGUAAAAAUAGCUUGUACACAAUUAUACAUAGAGAAAUUAAAUUUGCAGAAUUUUGUCAAAAAAACAUUUCUAUGUGACAAAAUGUUACAUCGAUUUUGGGACGCUAUAUGUAUAUAAGAAAAUAGAAAAUAUUGAUUGUACAUUUGCAUUAUAUUGCAUCUAUAAUAUAUGUUAACUGGAUGGAUACCGUAUCUAAGAUGUAUUAUAGAUAUGAAUUUCAACAAGGACAUUUAGAAUGACCUAUCUCUUUACCUCUGCGCAUGAAAGUCCAAAUGUAUAUGUAAUAAGAAAAAACGUGUAUUAUUUUUUUAAAUUUUUAUAGGAUACUAUUUCAAAACAAAAAUAAAAUUGUAAAUUCAAGUGUCCUAAAAAGCAAAGAAUUUUUAUAAAAUUGUUGCAUGCUUCUAUUUUAUUUGUUCUGUUUCUUCACUUUAUUGCUUCUUUGCAUUUGAUGCAAAGAUAGUUUGAAAAAAAUUAUUUUUAAUUUUUCGAUAUUCAAAUAAAUAAUUUUAUAUAGUUAUUUAUCUUGCAUAAAAUUUUUUAACAAUGUCAAGAAUUAAUAAAUGUGGGAUUUGCUAAUCACUAAAUUGUUUGGAUAUAAAUGAAGAGAUAAAUGGCAUGGUUAAAUAAUCAAUUAAAAUACGUUGAGAUGA